AUGAGGCCGCAGCAGGCGCCUGUGUCCGGGAAAGUGUUCAUCCAGAGAGAAUACAGCAGUGGCACACGCUACCAGUUCCAGACCAAGUUCCGCGCGGAGCUGGAGAACCGGAUUGAUAGGCAGCAGUUUGAAGAAACUGUGCGAACUCUAAAUAACCUUUGGGCUGAGGCAGAGAAGCUCGGGGGCCAAUCCUAUCUUGAAGGCUGUUUGGCUUGUUUAACAGCAUACACCAUGUUCUUAUGCAUGGAAAACCAUUAUGAGAAGGUUCUGAAGAAAGUCUCCAAAUAUAUUCAAGAACAGAAUGAGAAGAUAUAUGCUCCCCAAGGCCUCCUCUUAACAGACCCCAUCGAGAGAGGACUUCGAGUUAUUGAAAUUACCAUUUAUGAAGACAGAGGCAUGAGCAGUGGAAGAUAAACCAUCAAUUUAAAGAUCCCAUCUCCCACUGGGACCCUCAUCUGACCACUGACUGAUCACAGAGUGUCCCUACCUCCUCUCCAGAGCAUCAUUCCUUUGUAUCUGCUGCCAGAGCCAUGGUGCCAUUUACUCCAAGGACUAACUUUCUAAAAUUCCAUGCCUGAAGUGACCUCUAGUCACUCAGCACCCACUUUGUGUCUCCAAAUUGUAUAGGACUCUGUAAUCUUUUGAUUAGUUUCUGAGAAAACACAAUGAAGCAUUUCAUUUUUUAAAUUCAAAGCCAUUUAGUAAAAUAUGCAGUUGGUCAGCCAAUGCAGUUUUGUUUCUUACCUGUACCAGUACCAGCUUAUUCCCCAGGCCAGUUCCCUGGGUGGCUUUUGACUUCAAUAAGUCCUGUUUUAGGCAGUGUUUAGUCUUACUCCCCUAAAUUGAUAAAAGGCUUUGUUCCAGGUGGGGGUAUGUAUAUCUGUGGUUUUGCUAGUACAGCUCCCAGAUUUCAAAGAACUACACAUUUUGCUAUGAUUCAAAUCCUAAGAUUGAUUCAAACCAAAGCUCAUUGAAGAAAAUAAUGUAUAAUGUGAUUUGUCUCAUUAUAGCAACUAUUCCUAAUUAAAGCAGUAUUUAAUGCAGUUUUCAGUUAAUUUCUUUGGAGACUUUUAUAUUAUUGCAAUACUUUGAAUGUUGGGAAGAUGUGGUCUGUGUUGCUUAUUCAUUACACAAAUAAGUAAGCACAAUAAAGUGGAUGCUAAACCAUCAAACA